GGCUACAGCUAACGGGCGACAAGUGGAGACCGGGCAGUUCGGUUCCGUGCCUCGCCUCGCCUCGGUAUGAUGCCCGGAGACAGCAAUAUGUCCUCCAUCGUGCAGAGAAUAGCUCGACAGGCUCUUGUUACUUUCAGGAGCCCCCCACGAGUCGGGGAGGCUGUCGGUAAGUCGUUUCUGGAGAACCACAGCAAACUGAAGAGCCUGAUGACGGAAGUGCGAGCGGCGGACCUGAAGCUCAUCCCGCGGAGAGCCGAGGACAGCUCGCCUUCUCAGCUCCCGUACCACAGCGGCUCACCCCCUGUCACAUACAUGCACAUAUGCGAGACGGACCAUUUCAGCAUGGGAGUGUUUCUGCUUAAAAGCGGCGCCUCUAUACCUCUGCACGACCACCCGGGAAUGCACGGUAUGCUCAAAGUCAUGUACGGCAAGGUCAGGAUCAGCUGCUUCGACCGGCUGGAGCGGACCACCGGCAGCUCACAGGCAGAGCCGCCGCUGCCCCCAGCACAGAUGGGCGCUCUGCGGCGGUCAGUGCUGCGCGCCACCGGGGAAUACACGGAGGAGAGUGGCCCGUGCGUCCUCUCUCCAGACCGGGACAACCUCCACCAGAUCGACGCUGUGGACGGUCCCACGGCGUUUAUGGACAUCCUCGCCCCGCCGUACGACCCGGACGAGGGCAGGGACUGUCACUAUUACAAGGUUCUGACUGAUUCAGAGGUCAGCAGCACAGAGCAGAAGGAAAAGGAGGUCUGGUUAAUGGAAAUCUCACAACCUCCGGAUUUCUGGUGUGGUGGGGAGCCAUACCCAGGCCCGGAGGUCUGCUUCUAAGCUAACUGACUGACAUUUCUGCUUUUCUCGGGUUUGUGUGGUUUAAGCACCCUGCUGUGGCACAAGGACUGGGCUUUUGGACUCUAAGUUGGACAAUCUGGGCUAAAUGAAGGGUCAGUCAAAAUCCUUAUGUGAAAUUAGGGCUGGGUGAUAGGGACUGAAAAUCACAUGGUGAAACAAGAUACUGUCUCCAUUUUUUCUGCAAAGAAAUAAGUGGUUGUCACAGUUUCAGAAUUAUAAGCUCAUAGCAACAAUAAUGGAAGCCCUGGACACCCAACAGUGGGCAUUUUUUAUAUAUUUAAAAACUGGUGACAAACUCUUACACUCAUCUGAACUUGUACAAUAAUACUGAGGUCAUCAAUGCUCUCUUUACUCUAAAAUAUGACGUUGUUUAAAUGUUAAAAUCCCCUUUAUUUCAAUGGUAUCAAAAACAGAAACUCAAUAAUCCUCAGCCUUAUUGUUAGACUAAAGAGAGGGAGAGCAUGUAAGACAUUGCAACCCAAAAUUUUGAUACUUUUUGACUAAUUAGACUAAAAAACCCCAGUAAUUUUUGCUUCUGGGAACAUAUUCCACAACACAACACAAAUACAACGACAACAUUUGGGAAAACUGAGAGUGAUUGGCAAAAACUGAGGGCAACCCUUGUUGCUUGCCAGUUCAACCAUUUAUUCUGUAUGUUGGCGGUGUUUUUGUGCAAUUUUGACAGUUUGCAGGAGUUUACAUGCAAUUCUUGAGAAUUUACAACAGUGAAUUGCCCACUUUUUGGUGUUUGCUGCCAUGGUAUCAAACUUGGAUCAUGUUUGCCUUUUCAACUAAUGAUAUUAAUGCUCCUAAAUAAUAAAAAAAAUACAUGUUCUUCAAUUUAGAUGAAACAUUUCAAAUAGAUUAUCAUUUGGUCAGUUAGUAUUUCACUGUGAUUGGUUCUUUCUGCAAAUAGUCUUUCACUGACCAUCAGGCCUUAAAAUUAAUAUGAACUAUAUUGAUAUAAAUUAUGCUGUAUUUUCCCAUGUUUCAUUUGAAAAUAUGUUUAUACAAAUCAAAAUAUUUUCUGUGAAGCCAUGACAGGUAGACCUAAUUAAAGUAUUACUGUAAGCUCUUAAAACUUUACAGCAUAGCUGACCGUGUUGCUGCUCUUUUUUGGAAAUCACAGCACAGAAGUAGGUGACCUCAUUGUUUUGGCAUUGUUACUGCUGAUUCCUGCUGUGGCAGCUCAAAGCUGAAAUAUGAUAAGACAUGUAUCAAUUUCACUCAAACAAAAAAAAAAAAAUGGAGCCUGAGGUGAUGGAAACCUACACUCUGGACUGACAUGGAUACUAUCAUCAUUAGUGGGCAUCAUCUUCUGGUUUAAAAUGCAUUUAAAUGCUAUUUAUGUUGUUGGCAAACUAAAUGAUACAUUUCAGAUAUUAACUUUUAUGUUUCUUGUCCUUUAGUUUCUUAUUUUAUCCAUGCUGCUUUGCAAUCUUCUGCCACCUUGAAGAAGGCAGUCUGAGUUUAGUGUUUGUGUUAAUAAUUAACAACUCUUACUAGCAGACUUUUACCUUUGCAGAUGCAGUUUGUGGUCAACUCUACUCUUUUUUGUUAAGCCCUGUGAACGGAGCAAUGCACAAACAGUUAACACUUGGUGUGAUUGGCUCUGAGUUCACUACCACAUGAACUUAGAGGUUUGUCUGGUUGAUUACGUUUAAUCAGAGGUGUUAUUUUCUGCAAACAAAUAAAGGAGAGCUUAAUCUUUCUACUGAUGGGUCUUAUAACUAAAAUGAAUCAAAGUUAGAUUUAUUUGGGAAAGCAGGCUAAAUAACAACCCAAGGCUUUUUUUUGUAAAAAGAUGCAACAAAUGACAUACAGGGUGCUGAUGCUGCCUUUAAGGAAGUUGGGUAGUUUGACAUUUCUGCUUGACUUUUUGAAAAGUUGUCAGUACAUGUAUUGAUUUGAUAAUAGAAGGAAAGAUUACACAGCAAUACUUCCAAUAAGCUAUAAAUACUCACCAAUCCAGCUUCUAGUAUUGCAUGACCUUCAGUGGAAAGCCUGCUGACAAUAAGCUCACAAUAUUUAUUAAAAAGUGCCGUCAAACUUACAGUACGUGAGGUCUGUUGCAUGAAGGAUACAAAGCAUGUGCUUUUCCAAGCUGCAGCUCUGAAACAUAAUCACUCGAUUUAUAAUCUACAUGUCAGGAAUUCUAGGCUUCUCUUGAACGCAGCAAUAAAAAAAUAGUGUGCAAACCUGAGCUGAUGAGUCUCCCAGGUCCACAGAGGGAACAUGUGUUCGUGUGUUUGAGUCGUCUUCCUGCUUUGGGCUUUGUGUUGCUCUUCCUGUCAGGAUAAACAACUGUGAGAAAGUUUAGCUCUCUCUCUUUUGGAGACUCAGAAAUAUCUAAAAACUGCUUUUUUUUUUCUUUAAAUAUGAUGUCCUGUAGACCGCCUUCUUGUUUUUCUGAGAAGAGUUCGAUCCUCAGGGUUGUUUGUGAUUUGAUUUGUAGAGUGAAUUUCAGGAGCUGGUGUGAACGAUGUGCACUGAAUCAGGCUUUUAAGCACAAAUGCUGACCACAGGUGUGCUGAGUCUGUGUGAAACAAAACAAGGAUCAAGAAAAGCCACUGAAUUUUGACUCACUGUGGUGUAAAAGAUUGAGAUUUAUGAUAAAGUCUAAAUAUUGGAGACUGGAGAAUUCCAGAUUUGAUUUAAGCUAUAAAGCUUUUUUUUUUUUCUCAUGAUGAAAUUUGUUUUCCUCCACAUGAAAGGGAAAACAUUUCAGUUUGGCUUCUAAGUUUUGGAGUCUACAAUGAUUCUAAUUUCUAUCAACAUGAUGCAAAAUUGUAAGUAUUGUUCAUGCUAAUAUUCUCACAAUCUGAAACCGAUACAUUUCAGCAGUUUUUUUUCUAUUAAUCUAAGCAGAAUGAAGCGCUUUUUGCUGUAUUAAGGUGAAAUCUAGUCAGCUCACCUGCUGAUAGGAUGUUUCACUCCAGAAUCUGGUUCUCUUAAUCCAGCUGUUGAAUGAAAACUCUUUGCUAUUUUGCCUGUAAUAGAGGUUUUCUGUCUCUUCAUAUAAAACCUGCUGUCAGUUUUGCUGAGAGUAUUCUGCUUUACUUGUCUCAGACUGUGAUGAGCUGUGAAUGAGGGAUUAUUUUAUGAACAGAGAAGUUUCUCAUCCUUGGGCAUGCUUCUGUGCAAAAUUUUAGCAGAAUAAAGAUGCCUGAAACAAC